GUUCCGUUAAAAUGGCGGCCUCGUCGCCGGCGCUGCCCGCGGGGCCGUAGCCUGUCCCGCAGGUCGGGAGCCCGCGAGGCGUGGGGCGGCCGGGCACGGCCGGGGGCUCCGCAGGGCCCCCGUGGGCCGGCCGGGCGAGCAUGGCGACCCCGGACCAGAAGUCCCCGAACGUGCUGCUGCAGAACCUGUGCUGCCGGAUCCUGGGCAGGAGCGAAGCUGAUGUGGCCCAGCAGUUCCAGUACGCCGUGCGCGUCAUCGGCAGCAACUUCGCCCCGACGGUCGAAAGAGACGAAUUUCUUGUAGCGGAAAAAAUCAAGAAAGAACUUAUCCGGCAAAGACGAGAAGCGGACGCUGCCUUGUUCUCGGAGCUGCACAGGAAGCUGCACUCACAGGGAGUUUUGAAAAAUAAAUGGUCAGUUCUCUACCUCUUGCUAAGCCUCAGUGAAGAUCCACGCAAGCAGCCGAACAAGGUUUCCACCUAUGCCGCGUUAUUUGCCCAAGCGUUACCAAGAGAUGCUCACUCGACUCCCUACUACUACGCCAGGCCUCAGACUCUGCCGCUGAACUACCAGGACCGCAGCACCCAGUCGGCCCAGAGCGCCGGUAGCAUGGGAAGCAGUGGCGUCAGCAGCAUAAGUGUGUACGCCUUAAAUGGCCCGACCCCAACGCCACAGUCUCUCCUUCCAGGACAGCCUCAUCACGCGCCCGGAGUGGGGGACGGUCUGCGGCAGCAGCUGGGGUCACGUCUCGCGUGGACUCUGGCUGCAAACCAGCCUUCUUCACAAACCACUACCUCAAAAGGUCUCCCGAACGCUUUUUCUCGCAAUAUGACAAGACCAAGGAGGGAAGGGGACGCAGGUGGUGCUGCGGAAGUGACGGAGGCAGCGCUCGUCAGAGACAUUCUGUACGUCUUCCAGGGCAUAGACGGCAAGAACAUCAAGAUGAGCAGCGCGGAGAACUGCUACAAAGUGGAGGCCAAGGCAAACCUAAGUAGAUCUUUGAGGGAUACGGCAGUCAGACUUGCGGAGUUGGGAUGGUUACACAAUAAAAUCAGAAAAUACACCGACCAGAGGAGUCUAGACCGCUCAUUUGGACUUGUGGGUCAGAGUUUCUGUGCCGCCUUGCACCAGGAGCUGAAGGAGUACUACCGGCUGCUCUCUGUUCUCCAUUCCCAGCUGCAGUUAGAGGACGACCAGGGUGUGAAUUUGGGCCUCGAGAGUAGCCUGACCCUCCGGCGCCUGCUGGUUUGGACGUAUGACCCCAAGAUAAGACUGAAGACGCUGGCGGCCCUGGUGGACCAUUGCCAAGGAAGGAAGGGGGGUGAGCUGGCCUCCGCUGUGCACGCGUACACAAAGACGGGAGACCCGUACGUGAGGUCGCUGGUGCAGCACAUCCUCAGCCUGGUGUCCCACCCCGUGCUGAGCUUCCUGUACCGCUGGAUCUACGACGGGGAGCUUGAGGACACGUACCACGAAUUUUUUGUAGCCUCCGACCCAGCGGUGAAGACAGACCGUCUGUGGCAGGACAAGUACACCCUCCGGAAAUCCAUGAUUCCCUCCUUCAUCACGAUGGACCAGUCCAGAAAGGUCCUUUUGAUAGGAAAGUCAAUAAAUUUCCUGCACCAGGUCUGUCAUGACCAGACGCCCACCGCAAAGAUGAUAGCAGUGACCAAGUCUGCAGACUCCCCCCAGGAUGAUUUGUUCACAGAUUUGGAGAACGCAUUUCGGGGGAAAAUCGACGCGGCCUACUUUGAGACCAGCAAGUACCUGUUGGACGUCCUGAACAAGAAGUACAGCCUGCUGGACCACAUGCAGGCCGUGAGGCGGUACCUGCUGCUCGGACAGGGCGACUUCAUACGACACCUGAUGGACCUUCUCAAACCGGAACUUGUCCGUCCAGCUACAACUUUGUAUCAACACAACCUGACUGGAAUUCUUGAAACAGCCGUCCGGGCCACCAACGCCCAGUUUGACAGCCCCGAGAUCCUCAAGAGGCUGGACGUGAGGCUGCUGGAGGUCUCUCCAGGUGACACCGGGUGGGACGUGUUCAGCCUGGACUACCACGUCGAUGGGCCCAUCGCAACGGUGUUUACUCGCGAGUGUAUGAGCCACUACCUGCGGGUGUUUAACUUCCUGUGGAGGGCUAAGCGGAUGGAGUACAUCCUGACCGACAUUCGGAAGGGCCACAUGUGCAACGCCAAGCUCCUGAGAAACAUGCCCGAGUUCUCCGGGGUACUGCACCACUGCCACAUUCUGGCGUCCGAGAUGGUCCAUUUCAUCCACCAGAUGCAGUACUACAUCACGUUUGAGGUGCUGGAGUGUUCCUGGGAUGAGCUCUGGAACAAAGUGCAGCAGGCCCAAGACUUGGACCACAUCAUUGCGGCGCACGAGGGCUUCCUGGACACCAUCAUCUCCCGCUGUCUGCUGGACGCUGACUCCAGAGCACUUUUAAACCAGCUCAGAGCCGUGUUUGACCAGAUCAUUGAGCUUCAGAACACGCAGGACGCCAUAUACAGAGCCGCGCUGGGGGAGCUGCAGCGACGACUGCAGUUUGAAGAGAAGAGGAAACAGCGCGAAGUCGAGGGCCGGUGGGGAGUGACCGCGGCGGAGGAGGAGGAGGAGAGCAAGAGGAUUCAAGAAUUCCGAGAAUCGAUCCCGAAGAUGUGCUCGCAGCUGCGGAUUUUGACUCACUUCUACCAGGGCAUCGUGCAGCAGUUUCUGGUGUUGCUGACGACCAGCUCCGAUGAAAGCCUUCGGUUUCUGAGCUUCCGCUUGGACUUCAAUGAGCACUACGAAGCCCGAGAGCCGAGACUGCGCGUGUCUCUGGGUUCUCGAGGGCGGCGCGGCUCCCACGCGUGA